UUUUUCGCAUGGUAAGAUCCUUCUCUCAGCCCGCGGUCUCGUGGAAGGAUCCGAACACAGACAGACACCAAUGCUAAGGAAACCAUCAACACCGCCCUCCAUUUUCGAUUCCUUUCCUCAAAAUUGACUGUAAAGAUUACGUUUUUCUAGUUAUUGCAGUCUUUCCCGGCCUGUAUAUAAAGAUCAAUUGCUAAUGCACAGCACAAGAUUUCCAGCAAGAACCUUUCUUGAGUCCAAAAUUGAUCGACCCACCUCGUCAAACUUGCGCCUUUUGAUCCAAUCCCCUCGAAAGUAACGCCAGCCGAGGACUCGGUUUCUUUAUCAGAGACCCUUUUGUCGUUGGUGGUUUUGUUGGGGACGAGGGCAGAGGUUUUGGGACUCUGCAGUGAUGGUGGAGGAGAUUAAUGAUCAGCAGCAGCAGAAGAAGAAGGCUGUUAAGGAGCAAGGCCCGACGCGACAAUGGGGUUUAUGGGCAGUUGGGGCCGUCUGUGUUGUGUUGCUGGCGGUGGCGGUGGCGGUGAGGUGGGGAGCUGAUUCAAGGAUCGAUUCCUUUGGGGUCACCGAGAAUCAUGGUGAUUAUACUAACAAGCCCUGUAACUGUGCUAAGGGCACACACAAAUAUAGUGGUGUAGUUGAGGACUGUUGUUGUGAAUAUGAAACUGUAGACCAUCUCAACGAGGAUCUCUUGCAUCCUCUUCUCCAAGAGCUCGUCAAGACACCAUUUUUCCGGUAUUUCAAGGUCAAGUUAUGGUGUGACUGCCCAUUCUGGCUUGAUGAUGGAAUGUGCCGGUUGAGGGAUUGUAGUGUCUGUGAGUGCCCUGAGAAUGAGUUCCCUGAAUCACUUAAACACCCCUCACAUCGUGUCCUUUCUUCUGAUGAUCUCAUGUGUCAAGAAGGAAAGCCUCAGGCUGCUGUAGAUCGCACGCUUGAUAAAAAUACUUUCAGGGGAUGGUCAGAGACGGAUAAUCCUUGGACAAAUGACGAUGAAACGGACAACGCUGAGAUGACCUAUGUGAAUCUUCUACUGAAUCCUGAGCGCUAUACGGGUUACUCUGGCCCUUCUGCUAGAAGAAUAUGGGAUGCUAUUUACUCUGAAAACUGUCCCAAAUAUCCAUCCAAGGAAUUGUGCCAAGAGGAAAGAAUAUUGUACAAACUGAUAUCAGGUCUUCAUUCUUCCAUAUCUGUUCACAUCGCCUCAGACUAUCUGCUUGAUGAGGCCACAAACACGUGGGGCCAAAAUCUCACAUUGCUCUAUGAUCGAGUCUUAAAAUACCCAGAUCGUGUCCGAAACUUGUACUUCACUUUCCUUUUUGUCCUCCGAGCUGUGACUAAGGCUGCGGACUAUUUGGAACAUGCCGACUACCGUACUGGAAAUCCUGAUGAGGACCUGAAGGCUCACUCACUGAUGAGACAGCUGCUUUAUAAUCCGACCCUUCAAUCUGCAUGCCCAAUCCCCUUUGAUGAAGCGAAGCUUUGGAAAGGACAGAGCGGGCCCGAGCUGAAGCAGAGGAUACAGAAGCAGUUCAGAAACAUCAGCGCGAUAAUGGACUGUGUGGGAUGUGAAAAGUGUCGGCUUUGGGGAAAACUUCAGGUCCUUGGUCUUGGGACUGCAUUGAAGAUUCUCUUCUCUGUUGAUGUCCAGGAGCAAUCAGGUCAUGCUCUGCAGUUGCAGAGGAACGAACUGAUAGCCCUGAUGAACCUUCUCAAUCGACUAUCGGAAUCCGUCAAAUUCGUGAGGGAGAUGGGCCCAACAGCUGAAGCCAUUUGCGGAGGCGACAAACCUCAUUUGCUGGACAAGCAGAGUUGCCCGCUCCACCGGAUGUGGUCCUCACUUAAAAUGAGGUAGUUGGAUCAUCAGAUACAGCUUAGGGAGUGGUAUGCAUACCUUGUUCCUUACAAAAUGGAGCAAACACAAUUUUUACACAGAGAGGUUCUUUUUUGUACUUAAAAAGUUAUACAUUUGCAAGGAAGGAAUCAUAUCAUGUAUGAAGGAAUUGAACACUAACAGAGAAAAGGUGAGCCAGGCCUGUGCUUUCUUUAGGCCUUUUUUCAAGUAAUUAUAGCAUUCGGUAAUGGAAGAGCACGUCCAUUGGAGACCGAGAAAA